AAUGGGCAAAGUUACGCCGCGCUACCAAAUCACCCACUGUGCCCUCGACCAUUGGCGAGGAGAAGUCUUGGAAUCCAUUUAUGCGUGUACACGAGGCCAAUGUGCAAAAGCAUGCUAAUGAACAGGAUCCCAUUAAGACUAUGGGCAGCUUGCGCAGGGAAAAGGACAACUUCAAAGCUUAGGGAAGGAAAUGAGGGCGAAGAGAACAAAGAGUGCUGUUGAUGAUGGUGGUACUGUGGAAAUAGGCGCACAUUUAAGUUUUGUUUUUACAUAUAGGGUUAUGUAUCUUUUGUUGGUUUGGUUGUUUAUAUAUACAUAUGUACAUAGAAGUCUUUAUAUUACUUCGGGGCAUGAUAAAAAUAUAGUAAGGUAGAACCGCUGAGAGGCACUCUUAAAAUUCUUGACGUUUCCUAGCAAUUCGAUUUCAAAAUUUACUCACAAACUAGCACACACACAUUUUAACUUUCAAUCUCAAGCAACAACAAUUUUGAACAAUUUAAGUUUUUUAUUUUCAAUCUUAUACGAUUUUAAAAUGUUGGCAACCAAAGAGCCGCACUGAGUUGUCGAAUCACACCUUGUUUAAUACACCUUGCUUCUACCUUAGUAUGUUUUUAUCAUGCUUUGGGGUAUAGUAAUUAUAAGAAUCUUAUUUACAUACGAUUUUGGGACUUUUAGUGCUAAAUAGCACAGUAAAUUAACGAACUUCUUGAAAAUUUUCAACAAGUAUGAGAGAAGAGAUCUUCAUUUCUUCUUAAUAACUAACUUAACAUUACUACACACUUCAUUUUUAUUGCUACUUGGAAUUCAAGUUAAUGAAUUGUGUUAAACAAACUGUGAAUUUAUGUAUUUAUGUCAAUAUGAUUCAAGCUGAAUUAAAAAUUGAAGUAAACCAUUUGUGAUUUCUGCCUAAACAUUGAAAAUUAUAAAUUUUCGUAAUAGAAAUUACUUAGCUGAAUUAAAUGUGCUCACUAUUUGGGCGUGGCUUAGCCCACAAUAUAUAUAAUAACGGUUUGUAUUAUUUUGGGUUAUCUAUUAAAUGCGCUUACCUUAAUUUCACGCAUGAUAGUGUGGCGAGCGCGUCGUAUGUGGGCCGAUACUGCAACACCUAAGCCGGCAGCCGCUGCUCCUGAUCUGCACAGCAAAAUUGUGGACGUACGUUGUGAGGGUAUGGUAGUAAAGAUAAUACCCGCACGCAAGAACAACUACAUGUAUUUGAUAACCGACUUGCCCACCGGCUGUACAGCUGCCAUCGAUCUAUCGGAUAACAAAAUUCUGUUUGAUGUACUCAAACAGGAGAAAAUGAAACUUUCCUACGCUUUUAUUACCCAUCAUCACGAGGAUCAUUCUGGGGGCACAACAGAAUUGGCCACCGCGUGCCCGGAAGUGAAAAUCUGUGCCGGUGAUGAGCGUAUCAAGGCCGUAAAUCAUUGCAUAAAGCGUGAUGAGAAAAUAAAGCUGGGCCAGAUGACAAUUCACUGCUUGCAUACACCUUGCCACACAGUGGGACAUUAUUGCUAUUUUGUGGAGUGCGGUGCGGGUGGUCCGCCCGCACUCUUCACUGGUGACACACUCUUUCAAGGUGGCUGCGGCGGCUUUGAUGAGGGCACGCCGGAACAAAUGUAUGCCAUCGUAAAACGUUUCUGUGCACUUCCCAAAGAGUCGCGUGUAUUUGGCGGUCACGAGAAUACAAUUUUGAAUUUGCGUUUUGCCGAAACUGUGGAACCCGAAAACUCAAAUAUUCACUCGCGUUUAGUUUGGGCGCAGAAACAACGCGAAAAUAAAUUGCCUACUCCGCCAUCGCUGCUGUGCGAGGAGAGACUCUGGAAUCCAUUUAUGCGUGUCGACCAUCCGGAUGUGCAACAAUACACUGGCGAUACAGAUCCGAUUUACACCAUGUUUUGUUUGCGCAAACAACGAGACACGUUCAAGUAGCGGGCGAAUCAAAUGAAAAAGGAAUGAUAAACAUUUUCGUCUAAUAAACAUAUUAGAAUGUUUUGGCUUUUGCUAACAACAGUGAGCGAUAGACAUUGCACAAAAUUGUACUUAUUCGUUGUACUUUU